UCACCGGGUGCUUGAAUAGGUGACACUUCUGCCAGCUGAAACGUCUGUCACAUCUCAGUUUUAUCAGGAAUAUACUAUUUGGGGACGGCGACAUGUUUUAUUUACACGCCUGAAUUGUUAGUCAGCGUUACUUUCAGAUAAUCAUAACGUUAAAUCUACUACUGAAUAAUCUUUAGCUAGCAAAUUAGCGUCAGCAUCGCUAUCGUGCUGAAUAUGGCGGCAGUUGACAGCUUUCAGUUUUUGUAUAGAGAAAUUUCUCGGUCGUGCAGUUCUUAUUUCGAGACCCUGGCCCUGGUCGGUGCUCUGUACACGGCCAGCAGGGCUGUGAUCCUGCUGAGAGACUGCUGCACGCUGGUCAGGGUACAUUUCUUGCCAAGAAUGAUCCCGAGUACGAAGCUGUCCCAAAGAUAUGGUGACUGGGCUGUCAUUUAUGGAGCAUCAGAGCCUGUGGCCAUAGCGUAUGCAGAGGAGCUGGCCAGGCACGGCAUCAGCAUUAUCUUUGUCACUCAGGACCACACCUCUGUUAGAGACACCGCGGCAUCCUUCUCCCAAAGCUACGGAGUAGAAACUGUUGUUGUCCUUGCUGACUUCUCUCUGGACCACGCCGCCAGCAAGCCCAUUAAAGAAGCCAUGAGGGGUAAAGAUAUCGGCUUCCUGGUGAACUGUGUGGGUGACUCUUUGACCUCCCCCCAGAGCCUGAUUGAAAUGCCUGAGCAGAGCCUGUUGGACUUGGUGAAUAAGAACGUUGCGGUUGCUACGCUGAUGGCCCGGUUGGUGCUGCCAGGGAUGGUGGAGCGCAGCCGAGGUGCUGUGAUCAAUAUAUCAUCGGGCGCCUGCUGCAGACCGCUGCCUGGGAGAGUGACACUCACAGCCUCCACUGGCUAUCUAGAUCAUUUCUCAAGAGCUCUUCACCUUGAGUACAGCGGCAAAGGGAUCUUUGUUCAAAGUCUGAUUCCUUUCCAGAUAGCUUCAAGUGAGCGACAACCAUCAACAUCUGCAUCAACAUCAUCAAGAGAAGGCUGGUUUGUGCCAAAACCAGACGUUUAUGCUCGCCAUGCCAUCUCCACCCUGGGUGUCUCUAAUAGGACCACCGGCUACUGGCCUCAUACACUUCAGUAUGGAUUGAUGAGGUGUAUGCCAGAGUGGAUUUGGGUUCUCAGAUCACGUGUGCUCUUCAGUUCAAGCUAAGAGCUCGUUUCUCCUCUCUUCACAAAGACUUAAACUGGUCACUGGAUCUUCUUGUUACUGGAGUCAUGUGUAGAGGUUUAUUUUAGUUUCUUUCUGUGAUUGGUGAAGAGUAGGUCUGUUUGAUAACUCAGGCUGUGUUGAGGGCUGUAGUUUUCAACUUCUGGGUAGUCUGCGGUGGGAUUUGGAAAUAAUGAGUGAAUAUAUUCAUAAUACUCCUUUAGUACUGGAUUUUGAUCUGACAAAUUUCUAAAUUCACCAUAGAAACCAGACAGUCUGAUAAUCAAUGUCUUUGCAAUGUCACUUAAAGUUACAAAGACAGAAUGUUCAGAUAGGUAAUAUUCUUAAUUCAAUGGUAUAUUUAUGCAAAGACUAAUCCAAAUCUUGUUCACUGAAAGUGGAAAAGACACAUUUUCUAAAAUGUAAGUAUAAAACAGAACAUAUUUAUUAUUUCAGAGUUCAGAUAAAACCAAGAUGUGCCUGUAGGGUAUUACACAUUCUUAAUAAAAAAAAGUAUUGACGUGAAUGAAGAGUGUGACAGCUUUAGGUGAAUGUGGUGUCAAGCAUCUCCAGGAGUGAAAGCAAUGAAAAGUGAAAUUGUGACGUUUUGUUUUCUUGAGAAACUAUAUUUAAAACACAUUUGGUAUUUGUAGAUGUUGCUCAAGUAUUUGUAUUAAUAUUCAACCAGAUUCAUAUAUAUAUAUAUAUAUAUAUAUAUAUAGUGCUUACUGUGAAUUGAAUUGAAUUGAAUUGAAUCAUGCAGUACAAUAUAUAGUAUAAGCAUUUAGUGAUAUGGCACCAACCAUACAGUAAGUGUUGACUUAAAUAUAUUU